AUGGAUAAUUCAUCAUUAUUAUUAUUUGAACAUUUUAUUUUGCAACUUCGAAAAACAUUAAUACAUGAACAAUCAAAAAUGAUUUCGCACGAAAUUGAUAAACGACAAAAUUUAGAAACAUCAUUAAUUAUCGAUGAUCAAGAAAAUAAAGAGAAUAUCGUCAAUAUAUUUUAUAUGAAAAGUGGUGAAUUACCUAAUUUGAUAUUGAAUAAACGUGCAAUAAUAAAACAAGAUCAAAAUCAUAUCAAAUUUUUUGAUUUGAAUUUGAAUCAGUUGAUUAUUUCAAUUGAAACGGAUGACACAAUCGAAUGUCGCCAAAUGACAAAACUUGAUAAAAAAUUGCUGCCACAUAUUCAAGAACAACAAUCACUAUUAUCGUCCAAAACAUCUUUAUUUCUGAAAAAUUUAAACGAUUGUCCAUGGUUUCAUUAUCAUUUAAGUCGUCGAGAUGCUGCACGACUAGUUGUACAAACAUAUCCAUCUGAUGGCAAUUAUCUUAUACGUCAAAGUGAAACAAGACCAGGGGAAUAUGUUUUAACGUUUAAUCAUAGUGGAAAAGCUAAACAUCUGCGAAUGUUUAUUGAUUCAGAUGGCUUUUGUCAUUGUCAACAUUUAAUAUUUGAUUCAAUUCAACAAUUAAUUGAUCAUUUUCAUUAUAAUCGAAUACCUCUUGAAUCCGGUUCAAAUUCAUCAUCAUCAACGGCUUAUUUAAAACAGUUUAUCCCUAGGCUAUUACCACGUUUACCAUUGACUGUACAAACACCAACGACAGAUAAUUCCUACGCGUUUUCUUAG